GUGUGGCUUUAGUACACAGCUACAAAAUAAUCAAGUGAGAGAAAAUUUGAGACACAGUGAGAUCUAGCUAUAGAAAUGGGGGAAAUACAGCCAUGGUCAUCUUCAUCCUCAUCUUCAUCUUCAUCAACAAUGCCUUUACUGUCUUUGAAUCAUGUCUCAUUUGUAUGCAAGUCUCUGAGAAGGUCCAUAAGGUUCUAUGAGGAAGUCUUGGGAUUUGUGCUCAUCAAACGCCCUUCCUCCUUCAACUUUGAAGGAGCUUGGUUGUUCAACUAUGGAAUUGGCAUACAUUUGCUGGAGUUAGACCAUGAUGUCCCAACAAAGAAAAGCGCAAUAAAUCCAAAAGACAACCACAUUUCAUUCCAAUGCACAGACAUGAAUCUGGUUAUACAGAAACUAGAGGAGCUGAAUAUUGAGUAUGUUACAGCUGUGGUGGAAGAAGGUGGAAUUACAGUUGAUCAGCUUUUCUUCCACGACCCUGAUGGGUACAUGGUUGAGAUCUGCAAUUGUCAAAAUCUCCCUGUUCUUCCACUUUCAUCAUGCCCUCUCAAGCUACCUAAAACCACUAGGAACCGUACUCCCCCAUCAUCAUUUUAUGGGAAAAGUUUAGAGAUGCAGUGCUCUGGAGAAGCUGAGGCGCUGAUGAUGGAGAACCUAGUGGUUGACAUGAUGAACAUUUCCAUGUGAGAGAUUCCUCAAGAGGGAUUGAUGCAAAUUUUCGGAAAGUUAUUUUAUUAAAUUGUUGUGCAUAUCGUGUAGAGAAAAUGUCAAAGCUUUUAGUGUGAGAAAAAUGAACAAUCUUGCUUUUGUUUGUUGAGUUUGAGUUUAUCAAGCUUUUGUUGUGUAAUAAGGUUACAGUUCUAGUGUAAACUGGUUGAUUUCAUCAAUAUUUAUGUCACUGAUUUCUUUGGUAGAA